GAGCUGGAGGCCUCGGGGUUGCCUGCGGUGGCGCUGCCCUUGCGGAGAGAGGCGCCUGGAGGCCCGGCGAAAGCGCGGCUGGGAGGCGGAGGGGAGGGAGCGGGAUCAGCUCAGCGUGGCAUGACGAGACGAGGCCCCCGGAGAAGUGAGCUAUGUCCCUUAUUGGUCACACUACAUUUCUUUUUCAUUAGCAGUUAAAUGCAGACAUGAGGGAUCGGCGCAGGUUCACUGGGCGCGCGCCGUGCGGUAUUUCCGGCCGUGAUGGAUUAGCCUCGGUGGAGGCGGCGGCGGCGGGGACGAGGGCGGGAGGGGGGAAAGCCUGCUGUCAGCAGCCCCAGCUGUGGACGCCUGUCAUGGGGGGAGGUUGGGGGGGGACACCGUGACACACGUCUCCGCAAAUAGGAAGGACAGGGAGAAGAACCAGGGCCUCGCAUUAGGGUCCAGGGAUGAGGGCACAGUGGCGGAUGAGGUGGGACAGGCUGGGCAAGGAGUAGGUUGGUUGUAUAUAUCACAGGCAAGUGUACCUAUUGGCAUUUCCCCGUUGUGUCUGCUAGUUGCCGGCACAUUCUCCCCAUAUAUGUGUUCGGCUGGUGAGCACUACUGGCUUUCUUGUUUUGUGAAUGAGUCUGGAACCGUCCUCAGUAUACACUUGUGCUUCAGAAAUUCUGGAAUUGUAGCAUCCAGGCACGUGGGCGAAGCAGAAGAAAAUGUGGUGCUUUAAGCAUUUGCAUAUACAUUUUAGAUGAUAGGGCAAUUGACAUUUUGAAGUGAAAGAUUCCAGAAUCCUUAAGUGUCAGACAAACUGUGUGCUGACCCCCACACUGAAGUGGAUUGUAAUCUCUAUGUUAACACUUUUUAAAAAAAGAAUACAUAAAUGCUAUCAACAUCUAGCCCACCCCAUUCCCAGGACAGCCAGCAAUGUGCUAUUUUACUGCAAAAUCGCAUCGCUUUAACCUCAUUUGUGCUAUCCCAGCUCAACACAGGCCAGUGACAAAUGGGAAGCAGUGCAAACAUUAUGAAGAUUUUUACCUAACACAUAUUGGAGGAUAUGUGGGUUGACUCUAGUGAGACAGAAGGCGGAGGGUUCUAGCUCUCCAUAUCUGGAGCAAUGUGAGUUACAUCUAAUAGCUGGUUUUAUCUGAGCCGAUCAUCAGAUGGGGCUUCCUGUUCCUCAGGUGUAGGAAGCUGAAUUUAAGGCAUAGAGGAGGGAAUUUAAACCUGAGCACUGUUCCUAUCCAUACAUCACAGGCUGCCCGCUUGUCCCAGUAAGAAACUAAAAGGGUAUUUUUAGACUUAAGUUUGAAGAAGGAACCCCAAGUUCAUCCAGGAACAGUAUUAACAAAGCAGUGAUAUGGGGGGGGGGUGAUUGUAGGUUAAAGCCAAAGGGCAUUGCCAGUAUUUUGCUUGGAAACAUACACACAGGCAAGUAUCACAAUUGUUAGUAGCAUCAGGCAUAACCAAAAGUUAUUCCAUAUUGUGAACAGUCAGGAAGUAAAACAAACCUACACACAAUCAAUGAGCAUCUGCUUCACAUGCAGAAGGCCGUGGGUUCAGUCGCGGGCAUCUCUACCUAGGGCUGGGAGAGUGUAAGCAGUUUUAACUAGAUGACCCAGUGGUCAGACUCAGUAUAAGGCAGCUUCUGACUACCACACCAUCUGUAAGUGUGCAUUCCUGUUGAAGGCAGUAUCUAGAACUAUCACCUCUGAUUAUCCCUGUUAAUACACAAGCGUGGGAUGAUGUAUCAUGUGGCAUUGUAAUGCUCUUAACUUACUCCUCUGAAAGUGUUUUCUGACAUCUCCCACCAGCCUCAUAAAAUCUUAAAAGAGUUACUGGUAAAUGUCAAAUGAUGGUGAGUUUUUGACACUUGCCGGAGCAUACUUAAUAAAGAGGAAGUACCUAGGGGGGCUUUCUGUUGGCCCUUACGCCCAGUGGUGUUUGGUUGGAUGCAGCAGGACUGAGAACAUGGCCAUCUGAGUUGGCUGUGGGGACAGCAGCAUGGCUGAGAGCUCUUGCUGCAGUUGCUUUCAUUAAUGUUACAGACCAAUUAACUGUGUAAUUAGCCGAGAUCCCCAAAGAGCUGCUGCUGCUCUGAUUACAGUGAAGGAGAGUUGAAGCCUUGCCCUUUAACUGAAGAAGUUUGAUCUUAGAGGACUGCGGGGUUUGGUGGCCAGCAGAGCAAAGGCAUUUUGCAUGUACUGAUUUAACCUUGAGGUUUGGAAUGAAAUCCACCUACGCAAGGCCCAUGGUGGAAACCUGACUCUUCAUGGCCUCUGUGAAUGUUGUGGUUGCUAGUGUGCCAGUUUCUAGCCCCUCUCCUCUCUGCCCAGGUGCCCAGCAGAGUGCCACAGUGCCCAUCCCUGUGCCUGGCUCUUCCUCCGACCUGCUCCCUCACUUCCUGCUGGAACCGGAGGAUGUUUACAUUGUCAAGAACAAACCGGUGACACUGGCCUGCAAGGCCACGCCUGCCACCCAGAUCUACUUCAAGUGCAAUGGCGAGUGGGUGCACCAGGGCGACCACAUCAUACAGCGCAGCAUGAACAAAACCACGGGUGAGUGCUGAAAGGGGUGGGGCAUCAAAGGGCAGAAGAGGAAUCUUGUUUUGAUGGCUGCAGGGCUGAUGCUCAGCUCCUGUCGCACUGCUGACCUGGAGUUAGGAGGCCUCAUAUUUAUACUGUUAGCAUAGCUUUUGUGCUUCUUUGGCUGCUGUGGUCUCCUGAGAUUUCACCAUUACAUUUUAAAGUUUUUUAGAGAUUUCUCACAUGCUUCUGAGCAUAUAUUUGCAACAAUCAGAGCCAGAGACAUGUUGGGGUUGUCCCCCCUCCCUUUUCUCUUGAUACUUGAGCUUCUCUGGAAACUGAACACAGCAGCGUUCUGCACACUUACUGCACUUCCACAGAAUUGUGACACCCAUUCAUGUAGAGCUCCUCCACCCACUGAUCUCUCCCCCCUUCCCUGCUUUCCACCCUUGCCUCUUUGCCCCCUGGUGUUUUGGCAGGCCUGCCCCUCAUGGAAGUGCGGAUCGACAUCUCACGGCAACAGGUGGAGAAGAUCUUUGGCUUGGAAGAGUACUGGUGCCAGUGUGUCGCCUGGAGCACGUCUGGCACCACCAAGAGUCAAAAGGCCUACGUGCGCAUUGCUUGUGAGUGGCGCCCUGCUUACCAUCCUGUCUGCUCAGGGGACCCCUCUAGGACUUCAAACCACCCAUCUUCCCUCUCCUAGAGCCUCAUUGUCAUUCCCCCCACCUACAGCUGAAAAUCAGAGCCUGUUCUUUCAUGUCUGAAUCGACUACGAUCAAUUGGAUGCUCAUGUUGGCAGGGAGCAGACAAGGCUGUGGCCUAGUAUGACCUGGGGGGUCUUCAGUGUCAUCUUGACACCACUCUAAGCCUCUCUUCUUUCCAGAUCUGCGAAAGAAUUUCGAGCAGGAGCCCCUGGCCAAAGAGGUCUCCAUUGAGCAGGGAAUUGUGCUGCCUUGCCGCCCUCCAGAGGGGAUCCCACCAGCUGAAGUGAGUACUGGCCCUGCAUGCUUAAUCCUGGGCAGUACUGAGGGGGCCAUUGGGGAGAACGGUUGAGGAAGCCCACCAGUAGCACAAAACCAAACCAAACCACUUCAUGGGGACCACCUGAUGUUGGAACCUGCAUCUCCCCAGCGUUGGCUUUGCCACCCUGCAGUUCCUGCAGACGAUCUAGGUUGGGUUCGUGGUAGCCCAUUCGCCCUCACCCUCAUUGCAGCCACUUGAUUGACGCCGGCCUGUCUCUCUGCAGAGCUCAUUAACGCACAUUUCGGAGCCUCCCUGGGCUGCCCUGGUGCUGAGUGGCCUGUCAAUCUCUGUCCCUCACUAGGUCAGUGCCAGAAUGUGUUUUCUUCUGAGACAAGUUGCAGUCGCAGUGUCCUUAAAGGCUACGCGGCCUGACCCAAUCCUCCUGCCCUAUGUGUGGCUUGUGUCUCCUCAAGGUCGAGUGGCUGCACAACGAAGACCUCGUGGACCCAGCACUGGACCCCAACUUCUACAUCACGCUGGAGCACAGCCUGGUGGUGAAACAGGCCCGCCUGGUGGACACGGGCAACUAUACCUGCGUGGCCAAAAACAUUGUGGCCCGGCGCCGCAGCUCCCCUGCUGCUGUCACUGUCUAUGGUAGGGCCCCACCAGGCGAUGGGAUGGGUGGUCCCCAGGAAAAGGGGACCAAUGGGCGAACAGCAGGUCUCUCCAUAAGUCUUCAGGGUUGGGGGCAAGGGCAGGAAUCUGGUUUCUUUGGAGGCUUGGCUGUAGCUCAAAGGGGAAGAUGAAGCAGUGACGGGGCCGUCUCAGGUGGUAGAUGCUGGUGCAGAGGUGGGGAGUGGCAGCCUGGUGUUAGGGAACAAAGCUGGGUGUGCCUCUAAGAUCACUUGCUGCCCUCAGAUGGGGUGGGGGAUGCUAGCCCACUGCCAGCACUGAAGGAAGAUUUGAACUGCCGGAGCCAGCCAGCUUUCAUAAAAGGAAAGGGGAAGAGUUGUGUGGAGGCCAGCUUGUCCUUCCCUUUGGGCAGCACCAUUUCUUGGGUUGGCCCAACUGUUUUGGGGUGUGAUGAAGAGGGGACUUUGCUAAGUACAUGCACCUCAAAAUGGGGGGAAUAUCCAUCCUGGAGGGAGAGAGGGGGUGGGCGGGGGAGCCAGGCUGUGUCAACGCGACAUCGAGAAAGCGAUGCUCCUGCAGAAUCUCACAGGAGAAAGCGGCAUGACCCCCCCACCCCACCCCCUCCUCCAAGUGUCCGCCCCUCUGCUUGUGACUCCUCCUGCAUCCCCCCAUGUUUUCCUGUGUAUUCUCCCCAAGCUGCACACACAUACCAAAAGCAAGAGGGAAGCUGGCACCCCAGAGCCGGCCGUUUUGCCCCAGGAGAACCCUGGAAGCGCUCGGCUCCUUCUCUGGGCCCAGAGAGAGAGCCCCACCUCCCUUCCUGCAGCCAACGACUGGCCCUCCCAGGGUGCACCGUCGUUGGGAGCUCUAGCUGAUGCUCUCCCUUCCCCCCAGUGAAUGGCGGCUGGUCGACGUGGACGGACUGGUCAGCCUGCAGCACCAGCUGUGGACGGGGCUGGCAGAAGCGGAGCCGGAGCUGCACCAACCCAGCACCACUCAACGGGGGGGCCUUCUGUGAGGGCCAGAAUGUGCAGAAAAGUUCUUGCGCCACCCUGUGCCCAGGUACUGCCCUGCCACUGCUGCGCACCUGCUCCGGCGGCUCUGUUUUGCUGUGCUCACUCGCACCCUUGGCCCCCGCCCCACCACCCACAGCAGCGGGAAAAGACUCGAAAUCUAACACAUAGGAAGCCCAGAGCAGGCUGAGCCACACACGCCUCCCACUCUCAGUCCACUCCAAGCCCCCCCCCUUUUCUAUUUCAGCCCGGAGUUCGCUGCUCACACAGCUUUGCCUAUGCACUAUCCCAUCACUGUUUGGUUGCCCCUUCCUUUCCCCCAAAGCGACCUCGAGCCCAGAAUGGUGCUGCAUGUUCCUGGGACUUGUUUUUUCAGUGCCUUCAGCUCUGUUUGAGCUACUGGUCCCAAGAGAGCAGCUGGCCUUUGCCUCGCCUUCCCCUCUUUGCUCUACCUGUCUUCCCCCACCCAUCCAUGUGUCUGUGUUUGUCCCUUCCCAUCUCUGAGCCCCUUCCAAGGCAUGUUACAAAUAUGGGAGGGCCCCCCUUGCCCCAUUAGAAGUGGCUUCUGUGGUGGCCAGCAAUGGGUCAGCCCUGAGCUACUUCAGCCCGGUCCCUCCUCUCUGUAGCUGACAUCGCCCAACAGUGUCCUCUCGACCCACCAAGCUGCUGCAAGCAUCCGGCUAGUGAGAUAUCUGCUUGGGCUUGGCGGGGUGGGGAGGUAGAAUUUAUGCUGAGGAUGAGAAACCGUUUGAGAUUUGGGAUUUUGGUCCCUAAGCCUCUGUACUGCCUCCUCCUGUCUGGCAGUGCCUGGCGGUUGGUCAACCUGGAGCAUGUGGUCAGUGUGUGGUGCAGACUGUACACACUGGCGAAGCCGUGAAUGCUCGGAUCCGGCGCCCCGGAAUGGGGGGGACGAGUGCCAGGGGCCUGAACUGGAGACCCGCAACUGCACCAGCGAGUUAUGCACUCACGGUGAGUUCCUGCUGCUUUUGGGGAAAUAGAAGACUCAUGCCGUGGGUGGAGAUAGAGGGGAGAGGUGCAGGUGGUGGCAUGAAUUUGACGAGCAUCUUCUGGCACAGGUGUGCCUCUCCGGGGUGGCCGUGGACAUAGGCAACUGGUGCUGCCUCCUGUUGCGUAGCUUCUUUUGAGCGACCUUCCGUUGCAGGCUGAUUGAGAUGUAAGGGCAUUGAGGCCUGUCAGUUCUGGUCUGCCUAUCUGUCCACGUAGGAACUAGCAGCCGUCUGCCCAGCACAGAUGGAAUCUCUGCUGCCUGGUUUAGCGUUGCUUCAUAGCCACAGGCUAGAAGGCAGAAACCCACCUUGUCAGCGGCACCCCCUGGCCCAUGCGUCCCGCCACAGGCUCCGUCCCGGAGGCCCCAGAGCUCUUCUGAAAGAUCACAACUGGUGCGCACUGGCCCAGCAAGCAGGCUGUGUGCCAGCCCCACCCCAAGGCAGGAGAGCUCUGCGCUGGCCCUGCCAGGGCGGAAGAGUGAGUGACAGGCCCCAUCCUGGCUCAUUAACUAUCCUAGCUUGUUAGGCCUCCUAGGGCUUUUCUCUUCCUUUUACAUCAAAUUAACCAUUCUCACAGCUGAAAUGAAGCAAUGGCCCCCUGCCCUCCCCAGGGGGACUCAGGCUGACGGUUUGACCCAGCUGGCAGUGGGGGUGGGGAGGAGGUGCGUGAGGGAUUCAGAGGGACAGCAGGGCAAAGUGCUGGUUCAAAACGCACACACACACACACACAACUGGUUCAUUCUUCCUCCCUUACAUACAAUUCCCUGUACAUAUGUUGCCUCAUAAACCAGACUAAUGCUUGCUUCUGUUAACACAGAAGCCUUGUUUGUUCUCUCUCACACACCCACACCAGGCCUGCAUUCUUUCUUUCCCGCCUUCCCCCUUCAGCCCCCACCAACCUGCCUUCUUCUGUACAGAGGCUUCAUACAAAGGACAACACACGCUCACACUCUUCUGCACAGCUGGGAUUUUGGCCAUGGAGCUUUGAAGGUUUCUACUUACUCAACCUUCAGAGAUCAUAAGCAAGAUCCCAAUUCUCCCAAUUAAAGACUGUCUGCCUUUACUUAGAAAUUAUGAGACAGGAGCAGAAGGGCUCCUUUUAACCCAAGCUGCAGCCUUACUAACCCUGCCCAAACCAACCUCUGCCACAAAACUUUUCCUGCAGAAGCACCCUUUGUGUCUAGUCUGUGUCUAGUCCUCCCGGAAUCACAUUUCAGAUCCCCUUCUGAACUAUUAUUUCUAUAAACAUAAAGAUUUUUAGAUAACACACUGGUUCGACAGACAGGGUUAUUGUUCUUAUGAACAAUUAAAUGGGCUUGUGUCCCAGGCAUGAUCUCACACUUACAAGACCCCUUUUCUGUUUCAGUCCCGGGUUCACCAUUCACCCAGCUUUGCCUGUGCCUCAGCACCCACUGUUCCCCAGAGCAGCCCUUUUCUUUGAUAACAUGCUGGUAACAUGGCUGUAGUUAUUAUAAAAGGGAACCACAACAGAUGCUCAUAAAAUACGCUGCUUGUUUUGAAUGUCAUCUUGCAUUUAUCUAAAAAUGGGUUGAGAAUCUUAUCCUGCCACCACCACCCCGCCUAAUUCAGACCCUGAUUCCCAAAGGAAUCUCUCAUGCUUUCCACCCAUUCCUCUCCAAUAUGGAUUUUGCAUCAUUUUUAAGACCAGGACUUGAAGAAGGCUGUGAGUUUAAUACUCUGCUCAAAAAGGAGGAGGUUGGAAAUGUGACUUUGCACUGAAAGACAGGGAAAGGGCAGGGGUUUGGGGCGGGGUUUUUUAAGGGAUCACAGGAUUUGGUUAUCAAUUCAUUGAUGACCCUCAUUGCAAGAAGGCCAAUGACGUUUCAUUCAGUGUCUCUUCCAUCCCUAGAGACAUUGGCGGACUUCCAUAGAUAAUUGCGCACCAUGCAGAUGAGCUCCUUCUCCAGAAGGGGAUGCCAUUAUUUUAUACAGGGCAACAACUGGCUCAGAAUUGCACACCUCUCUGUUCUCUCCUGCUUCCCCUUUUAGGAACGAAUGGCUCUGAGGAUGUGGCUCUGUAUGUGGGCCUGAUCGCUGUCGCUGUCUGCCUGGUGCUGCUGCUCCUAGUGGUAACCCUUGUCUACUGUCGCAAGAAGGAAGGGCUGGAUUCUGACGUGGCUGAUUCUUCUAUUCUCACUGCUGGCUUCCAGCCGGUCAGCAUCAAGCCAACCAAAGCAGGUGAGCAUCACGCCAGUCUUGGGGCAUCCUGGGGAUUUUUGGAGUCCUUUGCAUUGAGUGCAAGCAGCCUUCCUGGAGCCACGGUCAGCUGCCAGGUCUCGAUGUGGAGACGGUGUUUGUCUCUUCCACGACUGCAGAAAGGUUAGGUAAGAUACAGCUGCAGUGUGUCUUACCUUGUAGCAAAAUAGGAUGGUGUCUGCCAUUUUAAGAGUCCCGUGACUACUGUGCCAACUCUUAAUGUGCUCUUCGGGUUUCCUCCCCUACUCUGUUUCUCCUUCCUGCUGUUACAAGUGCUACAAAAAAUAAAUAUGAAAUUGUAGUAUUCAACACAUACUAGCUCAAGGGGAUUUCCCAUCCCUCUAUUCCAUCUGCACUAUUCUCAAAUUUAUUCCAGAGGGUUGGGGGAAACCCCAGAACAGAUUUAGAGGGUGGGGGAGAAUGUUUCAUUGCACACACACACACACACACACACACACACACACAUCAUUUGACUGAGAGAACAUUCAUUGUAGUGCUACGUUGAACAAAAACCACAGAUCUUAAAAGCACAAUGGAACCUGGUGACAACUAAAAACAGUGGUUUAAAGAGUUUCGUUGUUUAAUAAAUGGCUUCCUGGAAUAAGCUCAGCUGGUUAGAGCAUGGUGCUAAUAACGCCAAGAUUGCAGGUUCUGUCCCCAUAAGAGACAACUGCAUCUUCUGCAUUGCAGGGGGUUGGACUAUAUAUGAUCCUCAGGGUCCAUCCCAACUCUAUAAUUCAAUUCAAGUCAAGUGAGCAAAUGGGGAAAUUUCUGAUAACAGAAGACUAAAACUGUUUAAACACCUGAAGGCUUCCUACAGUAGGCAGCGUAAGCAGAGGAUAUCUGCAGAGGACUACGUAGGAAAAACCACAGAACCAAUAAACACACCAAAAAUCUCUUACAAAAUAAUUAUAGCCAGAGACUCACCUCUAGCCAUGCAUCUCUACGUUACUGAGCAUCGCCUUUGCUAAAGAAAGAUGCAACACCAGAGGGUUAGAAACAUGCCAUCUGCAUAUUUUGUGAGAACCUGCUAAAUUACCCUUUCCAGUUGCAAGGCCCUAAUGCUUCCUGCCAGCCCUCACUGGACUACAGGACACCAACCAGUAAGGGCAGCCUGGUCAGAACAGGAGCCUGUAUCAGGAAGGGUUUUCUAAUCAUCCCACCCCCAGCUCAUCUGCCAGGCAUUCUUCAAGUAUUUCUGAACUAGUUAAUUAAAGUUGGUUCCCCACUAAUCAAGAAACAUGAACUUCUAGAGGAAAAGUAGUUGCUGGAAUGGAAGAUGCAAGAACUUGCUGGCACAUCUCUGUCACAAUGACUGUCACAGCCCCAGGAAGUUAAAAAUGUAGGGAACCUAUUAUGUAAUGUAGAAGAAGUCAGUAAAAUCAAAUGGCCUUGAAGUCAUCAUAGGUAGUUGUAUAGUAAAAUGACACUUGUGGAUAAGCACAUCUUUCAUCCUAACCAAUCCAUUUCUGUCAUUUUGGAACCAGUUUACAAAGACCCACUAGCCUGGUUGGCAAAGCCAUGGCCCAAAGGUUUUAGGCCCUAAAACAGACCAUGGUUUAUUUUGAACACAGAGCCAUGGUCUAAAAUGGCUAAAAUGGCACUCUGAAUGAUCAGAGUGCUAGAGUGUGCUGCUCUUCCUGCUUGCCCCCUUCCUUCCAUGUGCUGCUUAGGAGCUGAAAGAAACCAGAUCCCUGGCCUCAUAUUGCAUGCAAACCAGCACUUGUGGUUUUGUUUUUCUCCAAGCAAACCAUGAGCAGUAACCAGUGUUUUUUCUUAGCUUACUGUUUGUGGUUUGCUGGGAGGGAAACAAACCACAACUGUUAAUUUGCAUGUAAGACUAAGCCAGUGCUCUGGUUUAUUUCUACUGCAAGGCAGCCCAGGGAGGAGAGAGGCAGGCACAAAGAGCAAGGGCUGGUCUGUUUUAAACAAUAGCUUCACAUACAUGUGGACUGGGUCGUUUAUGAGCAUCUAGGUGUGGGCGGAAGAGGUACCCUACCAUCAUUCCAUCAGCCACUCAGCUUUCUCAUCACCUCAUGAUGCGACCUUUGGCCUUUGAGGCUCACCUCUUUGCACCCUGACAAGUGGUGGGGCAUUAAAAUGACAACUGUGUCAUGUGGCCAACUCCCUUAGUCAUUCUGCAUUUGGAUAUCCUGCCCGGAUAGGUUGUAUGAAUUAGUCCGGACUCCUGGGCUCUGCAAGGGAGACGGUACUGCAUCUUUAGGAAGCUGUCUCUGGGAAAUAAAAUGCAUAACCUUAUUAAUACAAAAAGUGAUGGUUUGAACAGGGAUCUUUGUUUCUCGGGUCAUUGCAGCAGUCUGUUACCCCUGCUGGUUAAUGUAUUUUGUGCAACAUUGUCUGAUGAGAUGAUGUUUUGUGAUUAGGCUGCUAUCUACCUGAGGUGACUGAAAAUAUCUGCAUUUGCAUCUGUAAGCAAUAUAGGUCUGUAUAUUGUGCUAAGAAUGAACUCUCUUUUCCAUUCUGCCUAGAGAAGAGCUUUCAAUACGUUCAAACAGCACAUGUAUUUUGACCGGCUCAAUUUGUUGGGUUAUUGACAUAAAUCUCUCUCCUUUGCAGAUAACUCCCACUUGCUUACUAUCCAGCCUGACCUGAGCACCACCACCAUGACCUACCAGGGCUCACUCUGCCCACGUCAGGAUGGACCCAGCAAGUUCCAGAUUGGCAAUGGGCACCUGCUGAGCCCCCUGGGCAGUGGGCGCCACACCCUGCACCACAGCUCACCCAGUGCGGACCCUGUGGACUUUGUCUCUCGGUUCUCCACCCAGAGCUUCUUCCGCUCCUUGCCCAGGGGUGGUGCCAACAUGGCUUAUGGAACCUUCAACUUCCUGGGUGGACGUUUAAUGAUCCCCAACACAGGUGAGAUGGGCAGAGAAAGAAGGCUGGGGAUUUGGGAGGCUGAGCUAGGUAGGGAAAUGUGUAGGUUCUUUAUGAUGCGCGUAGGGACUUCCGGGGUGGCGCCAUCGGCAAUGGCGGACUCCCUCUGAACUGGAGGGACUAGCUCUGCGUGAAACGGGUCCUUUCCGCUACGGCGAAGCGGGGACCCUGUUAAAAAUCACAGGCGGAUGAAGCCUGUGACCGUGGGACUCGGCGGGCACCCUUAGCGCCCCCCCAACCCGCAAAGGAACCCACUAACGGGCUCCGAAGUGAAGAGGGGGAAGUGGUGCGGUGCUGUGAGUCAACUGCUAUUUCCGUGGAGCGAAGCCGCAUAGCCGUUGCCGGAGAGCGCUGCCUUUUUCCUGGGACAAUUUGGCUUCUAAAAUAAGCACCCGUGAGUACUUAAACUUUGAACAAUUGGACUUUAAAUAAGGACUUGCGAGCAGAAAGGAAUUGGACUUAAAGAUUUAUUUCAAUUUGGUACUGAAACGGGAAGGUCUAAACAGGAAGUCAGCCUUCCGUUUCUUUGUAGACAGAAUAAAGCAAAGACAACGUAAACUAGAGCUUAGAAAAUCGCUUCUAAAGGAUUGGCUUUCAUCAUUUAAAAUUGUCGAACCCCCCUUCGGCAGCAGGAGAAGAAGGGGAAUCUUUUUUGGACUGUUUAAACCUGCAGAAGUGAGUUUAAAGUAAAGUAACUUUCCACCGUCCUGAUCCUGGAGCGGGGUGUCAGGACUGACGUUUGAAGCUCAUUGACCAGAGACAAACGUUUUUGACAGAUAGUUAAAAGAAGAGAAACAUAGUGAUUCCACUGUUUCCUUUCGCACUUUAAAGGAACAAAUACUGACCAAAUAUCUCAAAAAGGAUACUCUGUUGCAAGAACAAAUAGAAGUUCUCCCCCUAGAGGGAGACUGUGAAAUUGUAACUAAUUCUAGGGAGCUUGCAGCUGUCACAGAUUACAAUCGUGGGAAUGGACUUGUGACCUUGUAGGACAAUGUAUUCAGAGGCUCUGUUGUGUGCUCUCUGUAAAAUAAGUGCCCUACUGGAACAGUUAAGUGAGAAGACGGAUUUGAUGACUAAUGCGGUCAGAAUUUUUGAACAGGCAGUGGGAAACUAUGUGGAGCCCACCCAGGAAUCAGAUCAGGAGUGCGUCCUGACAGAGCAGAUGAGAGAAGAGGAUGUUGCUGAAUCUUGGGCGCCAGAGAUGGAGGGAGCUGCGGCCUUGCAGGAACAUGAGCUUUUGGAUUUGACAAAUGAACUUGGAUUUGGAUUUGGAAAGAUAAAGUUUGGAUUGGUUUGGAAAUGGGGGGUUGGAUAGACCCCCCUAUGCAGGGAUGUUUGGACUUUCCGAGUCUGGCAAUGGGCCGUGAGAUGUUUGGAGCUGUGGGGGCUCUCAAUUUUGGAGGGAUUCUGAAACAUGUUUUUAAAUACUACAUGGAAUUGAGUCUGGACUAUGGAAAAGGGGCUGAUUUGUUGAAAAGGGUCAAAAACAUCACCAAGCUGGAUUUCCCACGAUUGAAGGGAAAAUAUGAAGAAGAGCUGCGGAAGGGACAUGGAAGUGACUUAAGGGCCUCGGAUAUAAGGUUACCAGGUUAAUGCGCUAGAUCGAUGGGAAAAAAGGACUGACAAAACCUGGGACCAGGAGGAAGGGACGCUGGAUGAAGAUUGGAUUGUUUUUAUUUCUUUUUUUCUUAUUACCAGGAUUGUUUUAUAAAAUGGAUGAAUGUUAGAAAAAUGUUGGAAUGAAAUUAGUUGGCUCUAGUAAAAAUGUUUAAAGAGUUAGGUAAGAAUAUUAUGGUUGUGAGAAGUCGGUAAAAAUAAGAUUUAAGUUUAAGUUUUAAGGUUUUUUAUAAGAUAAGAUGAAAAUAGAUUAAGGUAAUGUAAAGACAGAAUAUUAUGAAAUAUGGAAAGGAUUUGCUGCAAUAAUUAUUAACUAGGAUACAAAAAAAGGGAGGAGGAGGAGGUCAAAGAAAGAAGGUAAUGAGAGUUGAGGAUUUGAGAAUGAUGGAUUUAUUUUUGUCUGUUUGUGGUGUAUUUUUGUUUUUUGAAUUUGUAUUGUUGGAUGUGGUUUGUUUUUUCUUUGUUUUUUCUUUUUUAUUUUUCUGCUUUGUUUUUUCUUUGUAAUUCAAAAAAAUUUCAAUAAAUAUCAUUAAAAAAAAAAAAUAUGAUGCUCGUAGUUCCCUUCUGGACCAGCAUUCAAGCAUACACAUGCAAGAGACUGAGGCUUCCUGUUUGGCCUGUAUAGGAAUACGAUAAGUGAUCGUUUUGUGGAUAAAUUCCAGAUAUAAACUGCAUAUACCAUUUCCCCACUUUACGGGGAAAUUGUCCUGAUCCUGAGCAGCCCCUUAUUAAUGCCCAAGGGUCAGCAUGCCCAAGAGAACACGGAAUGUUUCUUACAAGCCUGGACCCAUAGGAAGGUCUGACAAGGGCUUGUCCACCCACGAGGCGACUGCCCCUGGUGUCAGGAUUUGCAGGGGCAGCAGAUCCUGAUAUUGAUCUUCCCCCCUUGUUCCUGGAGCUGGCUCUUCCCUCACAUCUUCUUCUCUGUUGGGGAGCAGGACAUCAUUUUGGGGUCUGCCUAAGGUUCAAAAAUGUCUUGGGCCAUCCAUGGACACUGUAUAUUGCACCCCCUUGAGCAAUAAUGUCUGUGUCCUUUAGGUGUCAGCUUGCUCAUCCCACCUGAUGCCAUCCCGCGAGGAAAGAUCUAUGAAAUCUACCUGACGCUGCACAAGCAGGAAGAUGUGAGGUACCCCUCUUACCCCUGAAAUCCUUCAACUACCGCGUUAGUGGUCAGUGGGACCCCUAAUUUCUCAUAUACCAAUUUGACUCCAGUCCACUGUAUGCCUGCCCCAUCACCUGUGGCACAUAAGGGCUCUCCUACAGGUUCCUGUAGAAUCCACACGGAGUUCUUGGACAACUGCAUCCCUGUAGACCUUGUCAUGCAGAUGGGCUGCAGAAAUUUGCCUCCACUCAUGAGGUGGAGGGAGCAGCAUGAAUUGAAUGUCACUGUGGAAGGUCAGCUACAGCAUCCAGGAAGGAAACAAAGUCUUGACAUACACAUUACUCCUCUUGCUGGAAAAUUCUCAGUGUAAUUCUAUCCCUUCAAGAUCCACAACUCCAGAUUAUCCCAUUCGGCAUUUCAAUCUCUUACCAGGCACACACUUGCCUGAAGGAAACAAAACUGAUUGGAAAUAGGCAAUAGGACUCAUCUACUUGUUCUACAUGUACAGAGGCUACAGGGCCAGUAGCACCCCAACCCUGAGCAUUUUACAUCAAAGCUCUAGUAAUACCAGUCUAGCGCUUCCCACCUCAUGCUCGUAAGAUUGAACUAUAUAAUCAACAGAGAUCACCCACCAUUUCUAGGCAGAUUUCUCUGUCGCAAUCUUAACUACAUCCUAAAAUGCUACCGAGCAUGUUUCUGAUUUAAUGUUUUUGUGCUGGCCCUUGACAGCCCACUCUUGCCCGCAUCCCUCUGCUCACAGCUGCAUCAACAGCAAAUGGAGAAAGCAUGCUUCUGUCAUGGCACAUUUAGUGUCAAGAAUCCCUUUGGUGCUGGUUGAGGAUUGAGGUGGGAGAUUUGAUUAGGACAUCUAAAGCAACCUGGCCUGGAGCAUGAAGGAUAAGUCAUGUUAGCUAAGCGGGUGAGAUCUGCCAGCCAGAAAGGACCUUGCCAGGCUGCUCAAUGGAGCAUCACCCUCUGGCUAGUCAUCCUCUAAGGAACUUGACUGCUGCACACUUGUACAAUUCCUGCCCCCGCCCUGUCCCUGCUCCCUUCCAAAGAAGGAUACCUAAUGCAACUUAUUCAUCGUGGAUAUAUUCUCAGAAACAUUUUUGGAGUUCCCACUUUGCAGAUAGCUCCAAUAACAGCUGUCUGCCAUAACUGAGGCAUUUCCACUUUUCCCACGAGCCUUACUCCAAUUCACACAUCUAGCUCAGCACUCAGAGUCCCAUCUAGCUCAGCACUGACUACACUAAUGGGCAGCAGUUCUCCAGGAUCUUCCUGGAUUACCCAGAGAUGCCGGGGAUUGAACCUGGGACUUUCUGCAAACAGACGCUGUGCUAUUGAGCCAUGAUCCUUCCCCAUUCCCUUAUGUCAGCAUCCAUUUCCGAUGCACUUACUGAAGACUGCCAGCUCCAGUUCUCUGCUUGGAUUGCCAGUAGUACAUGCUGACUAUAACCCCACCCAAUUUCUCCACUCUGCUUCCACCGCCCAGUGGUGAGAAUGCAGAUCCUGUUUGCUUUCUGUGCCCAUUGGAAUGAUAACCAAGGGAAACUAGCUCAUGGCAAUAGUCAGAAGCGUCUGUGCUUGGCUUUGUAUGCCCCUUCUCUUUCCAACUCAUGGUUUUCUCUCUUUUUUGAGGCUGCCCCUGGCUGGCUGUCAGACCCUGCUGAGUCCCAUUGUCAGCUGUGGGCCCCCCGGGGUGCUGCUCACCAGACCUGUCAUCCUAGCUAUGGACCACUGUGUGGAGCCAAACCCGGAGACCUGGAGUCUCCGCCUCAAGAAGCAGUCAUGUGAGGGCACAUGGGAGGUGAGUGCUUGGCCUCAGGCAGUUGCAAACCAACCCGAAGGCUUUAAACAAGGCUGUAUUGUACUUUUUGCUUUACAAAACAAACAACCUUCCAGGCCAAAGUAACCUAAAUUCUGAAACCUGCUUAAAUUAUGCAAAUCAGUCAUAUUGUUCAUAGGUUUUUUUUGCUUGCUUUGCAAACUCUAUACUGUUUCUGCUACUUCUGAGAAAGAGGAGGAACUAUGCGUGAUGCUGAAGUCUCAUCCUUGGGAAACAACGGAAGUCUUAUUCAGCUAUCCCUGUAGCUUUCUCAGGGCUUCGCCAUACACUCUCAAGCAUAUCUUUGCAUCCAAAUGUUAUAGAAACAUGCUUUGUAAUAUAUAUAUGAAAGCUGGAUUCUGCCUCCAGUAUUACAAUCUUACAUUUCCCCCCAGAAUUGUAGAAUAUACAUUGCCCUAUUUUCAAUAUUAGCAGAAUCUGAUGGAGUGUUUACUGCCCAGCACUGGCACAUUUGAUUCUGAUUUGUGUUCUACAGUAGAGGCUGUGAUGGAUCCCUCAGACUAGCUGAAAAUAGCUCAGUCAGUAGAGCAUAAGAUUCUCAAUCUCAUGGUUGUGGGUUUGAACCCCACCUUGGGCAAACAAUUCCUGCAUUGCAGGGGGUUGGACUAGAUGACCCUUGUGGUUCCUUCCAACUCUACCAUUCUAUGAUUCCAGCUUGAAUGUAGUGCAAAUGUUCCUAUAUGUGCCCCAAGAGCAACAAUCCUCCUACCCUCUCAAGCUCAGUACUGCAUCCUUGGUCCUAUAUACUAGCUGUUUCCUGCUGAUACCCCGCCCAUACAGCUUCAUUCUCCUUGUGUGUUGGCCAGCCAUUCUUGCUUUAUUUUUUUUCAGAAUUCAUAAACUGCUCUGGAUUCAAGGAACUACCCAAGCACUGUACUUCUAGCGUAUUAGUCAGCCUUCUCCUUCUGACACUUGUUUGUUUGCCAACAGACCUUUGCAGCUGCUUAAUUUUUGAUUAGCCGGUCACCUUAAUGAUUAUUUGUUCUUUUAAAAUGCAAUUUAAUUUUUUUAAUUGAUGCUUUUGCAGUGUACACCACCUUGUACGGUACAGAAAUGCUUCUAAAAACAAGCCACAAUCUGCACUGGCUCCCUUGUGCUGCUGCUUCUGUGCUCAUUGUGCCAAUAACGGUUGAUCAGGGCGGUUUUUCUCUCUCUGCCCACCCCUCCACCGCCUUUCCUGUUUCCUCAGGAUGUGCUGCACCUGGGGGAGCCCGUGCCCUCGGAACUCUUCCACUGCCAGCUGGAGCCCCAGGCUUGCUACAUCUUCACAGAACAACUAGGCCGCUUUGCUUUGGUGGGGGAAUCGCUCAGCAUGGCGGCUUCAAAGCGCCUCAAACUGGUCCUUUUCGCACCCACUACCUGUACUGGGCUGGAAUAUGAUGUCCGCGUGUAUUGCCUCAGUGACACCCGUGAUGCACUCAAGGUAUUACCCCACAAGGCCAAAAUGCUGCCCUGGAAAUGCCCCAAACAUAUACACCUUGAGCUCCUUUCCCACAAAUUUCCCACCUGCUCCAGACAUAAUAGCCCAUUAUUUGCUCAAGAAUCACAGUUGACCAGCCUUAAUGCUAUAGUAGUACAGCCUAUGUUUCGCUUCAGCGACACUGACCACAUGCCCAGUAUGUUGCUCUAUAAUUGCAGGGUGUCCGGCCUCACCUAGGCCUCUCCCCUUCUCCACCUUCCAGUGAUUUUGUCACAACAACCCAGAUCAGUCCCUUGCAACACCACACUGCGCCUCCGCAGAAGGCGGGAGGCACCAGGAAAUGGGUGUUGAUGGUUCUAGUCACUCAGCCCCUGCUUUGUCCAUGCAAUUCCAGGAAGUGGUACAAGUAGAGAAGCAGAUGGGGGGGCAGCUGAUUGGCGUGCCACGGAUCCUGCACUUCAAGGACAGUUACCACAACCUGCGCCUCUCCAUCCAUGAUGUGCCCAGCUCCCUGUGGAAGAGCAAGCUUCUUGUCAGCUAUCAGGCAAGUGUGCCCAUGGGCGCUGGGAGUGUUCUGUAUCAGAGUAGGCGCCCUCUUCUCCAGCCUGCUGUCAUUGCGCUAUGUCACCUCCCUUUUUCGUCUCUUAUUUAGUGGGAUUCAGUGCAAAGCCCCAUAUCCUCAGGACCAGGAAUGCCCCAUGUGAAAGAUGCUAAGCUCUUAUGAAGCUCCAUCCCCUAGCUGUAGUUGUGGGAGGGGGGCAGGUAUUUAUCAGUCUGCUUCUAUAGUUUGUCUAGUUCCUAAUUCUACUGGCAGUUGCUGACAUCAUGGGCCUGAUCAUCAUGCUCCUAGGAGCCUCAUUCCUUACCACUGAGGAAAUCCAUACAACCCCAACCCAAGCCUGCUCUCUUUCUCUCUCUCUCUCUCUAUACAGGAGAUUCCCUUCUAUCACCUUUGGAGUGGUCUGCAGCCUUACCUGCACUGCACCUUCACGUUGGAGCGACUUAGCACCAGCACUUGCCAGUUGGCUUGCAAAAUCUGGAUCUGGCAGGUGGAGGGUGAUGGGCAAAGCUUCAAUAUUGACUUCAACAUUGCCAAGGUGAGGGCAAGGACAUGGCCAUGGGAGGGUUGGCCAAAUGACUUCUGCGGUACCCUUCUGGGUGGGAACCUAUCUAGCUUUUGAACGGGUUUUAAAUACGUUAUGCGCACUUGCGGUUAUUGUGUCGAGGACUGUUUCAUAGAAUUCCCAUGGAACAGAGUCAAAAGUGGAAAUGCAAGGCAGGGCGGCGUCAAUAGGUCUUUCCAUCCUAACAUGAGCAUAGAAAACUAUCGCAGGCUGGAAUUGUGUGCAUGCUCAGAAAAAGCAUAGAAUGGGCCAGUUCGGACAUAGCUUUGUAACAAACCAUAGUUUAUGAAGCCAGGUGGAGUGUUGGCUCUGCAUGUCCCCAUCCCAUUCAACCUUCCUUCCCUUGCACACAAGCUUUGGCGCAGGGGUUCUAGAACUAGGGCUGCCCAUUCCAUUUGAAAUUGGGGUUUACAAUUGUCCUUUUUAUUCUUAUUGCACCCUGUCCUGGGACUUUUUGUGAAGGGCAGGUAACAGGUAUUCAUAAUAAAUAAAUACUAACUAGAAUAUUAACCAGGGUCAGAGCUUGCUUUAAUUAUCCUGGUUAACAAACCAACACUGGUCCACCUCCCCAUUUGAGACGUUAUUAGGGAACUCUUAACUCUGAUCUGUGCAUCAACACCAACAUGCAAUGGGAGGAGGAGAGUGGCAAGGAAGAAGCAUGUGGGCCCAUUGCUCUGCCAUGGCUUAUGAGACUACAUGUGAAGCAGCCCAGUGUUAUGUGAGGUGUGAAAUUUAACAUCUUAAGAACCUUCUUUCAUAAAAGCAGGUUUUUUAGUUACUUUAGGGCUGUGAAAGUGUGGCCAGUGAUUACUGGAAUCUCAGAAGCCGGAGACGUGGCUAACUAGCAAUUAUGCUCAAUUUCCAUAAUCUGUAGAAGUCACAGGAUCCCAUUUUUUCUUGGUGCAAAAUACACCCGGCCCUGCGCAUCGCUGCUCUUUACGUCAACAAAAGCCUCCUUUCCCCCGCAGCACUGAGCCUACCCUUUAACUUUUCGUUCCCCUUCACUCCUCCUUUCCCAGUCAAGCGGGAGAUAUUCUUUGUGAUCUUUAGGUAUCCUCCUUCGCUAAACCUGUCAAGUAGACAGAAUUACCCUUCUGGGGAAUAUCUGGGAGAAAAUCAUAUUGUGUCAGGGAGGCCUCUCCACCUUACUUAAAGCAGCAUCAAACUGAGAGAGAAUAUAAAGCAGAAACAGCCUUGUCUUCACGGACACUCUCUCCUCCAUUGCCUCCUCUCACCAUGAAGACUUUGUUCGCCUUAUAGGUCCUAAUAGCUGCUCCCCUUUUCCCAGGAUGCACGGUUCUCAGACUGGCUGCCCCCAGACAAUGAGGCUGGCUCCCCUGCCCUCGUGGGCCCCAGUGCCUUCAAGAUCCCCUUCCUCAUCCGCCAGAAGAUCAUAAGCAGCCUGGAUGCACCAGGGGCCCGUGGGGCUGACUGGAGAGCAUUAGCCCAGAAACUGCACCUCGACAGGUAAAUCUCUCUUCCAGGAGAAACAAGCUGCAGCUGGCGCAGACCCUACCAAGUGGAUGAAUUUUGCUUUAGCAGGAACAGGUGACUAAGGUGGGAGGAGGGGUUUCUGUAUGGCGGGCCAGCAGGAACAGAUGCAGUCACAUUGUUUUUUCCUGUGACAUAGUGGGGGCAAGGAAGGAGAGGAAAUGGGGAGCUCAUCUGGACUUCUUUUUGUGCUGCAUUUCUAGAAAUGUGUCCCUGUGAAAACCCGUUCUUUACUGCUGAAUUGGAGCAAACGGCAAUCUGCAGAAAUCCCAAAUUGCCAUUUGUUCCAAAUCAGCAUUAAAGAGCGGGGUUUUUGCUGGGGCAAAACAAAAACGCUCAGACAGAGUUUUAAAGAGCAGGCCUGUGCCUAGAAAGCAUGGGGCAAAAGGUGUGUGCGACUAAGUGCUGUCUUGGGGCUCUUUCUCCUGGGUAAUAAUGGCCUCUCCUCUUUCCACAGCCAUCUAAGCUUCUUUGCUUCAAAACCCAGCCCAACGGCCAUGAUGUUGAACUUAUGGGAAGCCCGUCACUUCCCCAACGGGAACCUCAACCAGCUGGCGGCUGCUGUGGCGGAGGUGGGCAAGCAGGACAGCUCCCUCUUCAUGGUGUCGGAGGCUGAGUGCUAAGGCACUUGGUAGGGGCAGCACAGGCCUUUGCUGGGGGGUGGCAGAGGGCAUCUCCGCUUGAAGGAGGCAGUGUUCCCACACUUGUCCUGCUUUGAAUACGCCUGCGUGCUCCGUCGGAGGCAUCCUAGCCUCACGCCCUCUGUUCCUUGUGCCAAAUACAACUAGAAGGCAAGCACACCGGGCUCAGUCUCUAGUAGCCAUGGGGUGGUGGGGGAAACUACUGAAUGCCUGCCCUGCCACUGCCAUGGAAGCUCUGGGACUGGCCGAGGGAGGCUUGCCCCAUAUUCUGCAGUAGGCUGGCAAUGGAUUCUGAUGUACUUCUGUUGGGCUUAGUCAUAUACCCAGGGCCCUCUUCUUCCCCAGCAUGGGAAGAAAGGGGAAAGGAGAUGGCUGGCUUGGUGCUUGUGGGGAGUGACCAGGACAAAAAGGUAAGCUUGGUCCUGGAGCCGAGAAGCCCGUGCCUCUCCCGCUGCAGCCCCUGGAGUGUCCCAUGCUGCUGUGAAGCAGAGGGGGGAUCUGACAGGUUGUUUCCAGAGCCAUCUCUGUAUAUUUUUGCUCCAGCCCAAGAGAUACCCGUGACUUGGUCAUAGUGGGCCGCCCAGGGGUUGGUGGUUUGCUGACACUGGGGACCCCGAGGGGACAAGGAGAGGAGAUGGUCAAGGGCAGCCCAGGGAGGUGGACCAUGCUGUGCUGGAUGAUAGGAUCUGUGCCUCCUUAGUCCUUGCCCAGUGUAUAUGCAAAGGGAAUUGUGCGUGUGCGUGGCAGUCCAAUCCGUGCAGUGAACGUGUGCUGGGCCAGGCGGGCCCAUGCCGUAUUGUGUAAAGAUCGUUUUUUAUUCUGUAUUCAAGUGCAUUCAAGUAUUUACACUUGGCCUUAUGUACAUAUAAGCGUCCCGCACAGGGUUUUAGCGGGCAUGAAUGUAAAUAAAUUAUAUAUAUAUAUUGCUACAUGGGACUUCUUGUGUCUGUACUCAACACUAAGCCAAUGGAAGCAUUGCCAGAUCUGGAGUAAAGCAGAGAGAGUCCAAAGUCUCCGCAGAGCUUCC